AUGACAUUGGAACAGGUUCUUGUGUCCCAUGAAGCUCCAAGGGCUGGUGCCCAGUCGGUGGCAGACAGAGCCCUCCUUGAAGAUGCAUCCAGUGUGUCAUUCAAAGCCACAGAGGAGGGCUUGAGAAUCGCUGUAGAGGCCAAACCUUAUGGAGACGUUAUUCUGCAGACCCGUGAGACGGCUUGUAGCUGGCACUUGACAGAGGUCCUUCCAGCCAGCUGUGGCCCUGAGCUCGAUGAUGCUACCUUGUGCUGUGCCGCGGUUGCUGCUUUUGUUGACGAAGGGCAGUGUCUGUGCCAGCCAAGACUUCAUUUCCUGGAAGACGUGCCGUUCGUCCAGCAGAUCCUUGAACUGGGUGUGCAGUGCGGGGUUGAGUUUCCGUUACCCCCUGCCAAUGAGAGUCUGCUCUCCCUUCGUGGACUCGAACAAUGCAGGCCUUUCUUGGAGGACAGUCCCCUGGGCAAGCUCACCCCUGAGUUCAUUGGCCUCACAGAAGAGGAGCUCGCCGCCCUGGGCCCGGAGGAGCUGCCCACAUUCGACGACCUCUACAGCAACGGCCUCAAUUCCAUUUUCCCCGUGGGCAACGCCACGGCGAACAUCACGCGGCCCCAGCCCUCCGUGUUGAUCAACCCCCAGUCCACGCAGGCCACGUUCAACGCUCUGGUGCUUUAUCCCGAGUCCCUGAAUUCGACAUUUGCACCGUUUCCCGUGAUCGCCUUUGCGCCGGGGCUGGGGGUGCCUCCGUUUGGGUACAUUCGCACGCUGCGCCUCCUGGCUUCUCAGGGCUUCAUCGUUGUGUCGCCCCUCUCCACGGAGUUCGUCUCCGGGUUCGGGAGCCUCGAAGAUUUCAAGGCGUACGGCGCGGAUGUCGCGGUUGCGCUGCAGUGGGCUGUGGCCGCGGGAGCGGAUGGCGAGUCCUUUCUGCUCGGCGCCGUGGACGGCGAGCGAGUGGGCAUAAUGGGGCAUUCCAUGGGAGGCGCGAUGAUUCUGGAGGCCGCUGUGGUGGCGCAGCAAAACUUUUCCCUCCAUGUGGAUGGCGUCUUUGGCGUCAGUCCCAUAUGCACACUGGGCGCCUGCGAUCUUCCAUACGAGGCAGCGAUGAAGUUGGAGGAGACGCAAGUGAAAUUUCUGGUGGGUGAAUUUGACGGCAUCUCUCCUCCCUCGCACAGCCAACUCUUCGAAUCCUUGUUGCCCGAAAGCACGGGGGGCGAAGUGGUGGUACUGGAGGGCGGGACGCAUUGCUUCGGCGAGGUAGAGCCCGAAUUCUGGGCUGCGUUCAACGCCGAGUGUGGCAAAGGCACAAUUUCCCCCUUUGAGCAAAUCAGAGAAUGGCAAAUGCAGGCUUGGCUCUUCUUCGAGAGCUCGCUAAGGUGA